CAGCUCGCACGGGCGGUUUGAGAAGAAAGUUUUGGAACUAAAAACGGAGUUUGGAGAUUUAAAUGGCCAAGUACAAGAUUUAUUUUCUUGCAAAACUUCGAAUUUUAUCAAAGAUGUGGAGUUGUCCGUAAAAGAACACCGGCGAUUAUGGACGAGCAGAAGAGCAUCAUGCAGGCUUUGAGUGAAGAUGUAAAUACCGUAAAGAAGCUUCUAGAAGAUUAUAUUUCCCGCCAGGUGUCGCCUUCACCGAUCCUCCCCCACAAUGCCUUUUCUGCAUUGGGUCCCACAUACAACACCCACGAAAAAGAUUACCUUCCCAAAAUGCGUGCGUGUGACAACGCAAUUUCCACUCUGCUCGAUUUGUGCACGGACAAAAAAAACGAGUCGAAUCUAUACGUGCACAAUUACAUGCAAAAGAUCGCACGCAUGCAAUACAUCAUCAAAGACUUGCGCUACAAGUUUUCCGUUUUCAGUGAAGCUCUAAAGCAUCAAAACGAACAAUUUCACCAAUUAAAAGUACUGCACGGUGUGGGCCCUGCUUACAUGGCAUGCCUCGCAGAAGUAGAGAGAAGAAAAACGGCAACGAAGAUGUAUAUGGAAAAUGCUGAAAAGUUGUCUGAAAAACUUGCAAGAGAGCGGGAUUUCGAAAUUAGGAGACGUGACGAAUUUGUCAAAGUACACAGUACUUUUAUACCUCCGGAUAUUUUAGCUUCCAUGGGAUUGUACGAUUCCAUAAACCCUUGUUAUGUCAAUGUGGCACCAUUGCCAGGUGGCAGCACGACACUGGCUGUAACUGAUACGACUAUUUUGCAAAACGAUGCAGAAACCAAGAUCGAAGCAUUAAUUAACGAGGUUUCGAAGUUUGAAAGGGAAUCGGAGAUCAAUAGGAAUCUACUUGAUAGACUGAGAAGUUGUGCCACGUCAGCUGAUUUUGCUGACUCUUUACGUGUUUUGGCUCAGUCUUUAGUUCGUGCCGGCGAGGAAAGUAACGAGGACAGUACUUUUAAGUUGCGUGAAUGUAUUGAGAUAAUUGCAGACAAAGUUGGUGCUUUGUCGAGGCAGUGUGAGGAUUUAGAAGAGAAUAGAGACUUGGUAAAUACUCUUUGCACUAAGAAUCAACUCGAAAACCAGGCAAACAAGGAAAGGAUUUCUUUCAACCAGUUACAAGUCGACGAGAUCGCUGCGUUUCUCCUCAAUGCCUCCGGCCAAUACCAGGCCAUUAAUCGCGACUGCCCUUAUUACUAUCUCUCGCCUGAUUCCAUUUCGUUAUUGUCCGAUAAUCGUCCGAGCUAUAUCAUAGGACAGGUUGUCCAUAUCGAACGAAGAACAGUUGAGUCACCCCUGUCUGAAACUGGAACCAGCCGGUUGACUUCGAGUCAAGAGUCAACUCCAAAUCCGUACGGUCUACCUAUUGGGUGUGAAUACUUUGUGGUGACUGCAGCCAUUUUACCUGAUACUAAUGUUGAUUAUUCACCUCGUUCUUGAUCUUUGUUGCCAAUGGCAGAUAGAUGUGAUGGAAGAAAAAAUAAAAAAAAAAAUGUAAAUAUACGAUACUGUAUACUAGUACUAAAAGUUGGUGUACGUGUAUAACUGUGUUACAUACUGUAUAGUCGACAAUCAAAUAAAUCAUGUAUCGUUGUACAUACCGAUUUCAUUUCGUGUAAAUUUGUUACAAUUAGGGCCCUAAUUGGUUUCAAUCGGACUAAUUAGGGCUCUAACAAGGUGGAAGACGGUGUCGUAUUGGGGAAGUCGUAUUUUAACUU